AAUAGCACGAGUAUGAGCGAAGAUGUAGCUUUCCUUAGCGUUGAACUAGUUGUAGCCAUUGGGCUGCUACUCUUAUAUGUUCUAAUCGCACAUAUGAUUGAAGAGCAUAAAGUAGACUUUUUGCAUGAAUCUGGAGUAGCCAUACUGAUGGGAACCCUGAUGGGGCUGCUAGCGUUUGCUGUGGCCAAAGAAACGAUCGAAUUUAGUGAAUCUGGAUUUUUCUAUUUUAUACUUCCUCCUAUCAUCUUCGCAGCCGGGUAUACUCUGAAGAGAAGAAAUUUUGUGAAGAAUCUAAGCUAUAUUUUGCUUCUAGGAUUAAUAGGGACUAUUAUUUCUAUGGUUGUCCUUUCAGUAGUUAUCAUAUUAUUCAACAAUAUCUCGUAUGAUUCAGAGGACCCUAAUAAGCUAUCUAAUGUUGAGUGAUUGCUGCUAGCAUCUGUACUAUGAGCAACAGAUUCUGUUGCUGCUUUAGCAAUUGUGAAGGAAUCUCAGUUCCCAACCCUGAAUUCUAUCUUGUUCGGAGAGGGUGUUGUCAAUGAUGCAGCUGCUAUUUUGAUCUACCAAGCUGUUGUAGAAAUGAUCAAAUCUUCUGAAGGAAACGAAUCUUCUAGUAAUCAAGAUCUUCCUAUCACAGCAAAGAUUAUCGGACUGACAGUUUGGAACUUUUUGUACAUUUCUUUCUUGAGCAUUCUUCUUGGGGUGGUAUUUGGUCUGAUCUCAGCUGCAGUUUCCAAGUUUUUCACAUCAUUCCAUGAAUCUCCAGCAAAAGAAGUUUCCCUAAUUCUGUUGUUCUCUUACUUAUCUUACGUAAUCAGUGAGGUAUGAGGGAUGUCUGCGAUUAUGACUUUGUUCGUUUGCGGAGUUACAAUGUCACAUUAUACAUUCCAUAACAUCUCAGAGGCAUCUCAAAAGGGUUCUGUUAUGGCAAUUAAUACCCUUGGUCAUGCUGCUGAAGCAUUCCUAUUUUUGUAUCUCGGAAUUGGAAUUUAUUCCACCGAUCAAGAGACUUUUAAACUGGACUUUACACUCUACAUUAUUUUGGGUGGCUUUGUUGCCAGAGCAGCUUCUGUAUUUAUCCCAUUAGGCAUUUUCAUAUUAGCUAAAAAGUGAUCCAAGAAAGGACGAGGUGAGACUCUAAGUUUAAAACAGAUGAUGAUUAUCUGGUUCUCAGGUUUGAUCAGAGGCGCUAUCGCCUUUGCUCUUUCCCUCAAGAUUAGCUCUGAAGUAUCACCUCACAAGGAAGCCUUGGUGUCCAUCACCUUGAUCAUUGUCCUCAUGACAACGAUCAUCAUGGGCGGACUCAUGGCUGCUUUUGCAAAGCUGAUCGGACUCUCUGCAGAAGGCUCUGCUCCUGGCUCAUUACCAGAGGCCAAGGCCCAGUCUUUCAUUGAAAGAGAAUCCAUGCUUAUUACAGGCGAUCAGAAAACCGCCCUGGAGCGUUCAGAUGCCGGCUGGCUCCAGAAGAAAUGGAGACAUGUAGAUGACAAGUAUAUUAAGAAGAUCUUUGGAGGUGACCUCCACAAGCAUAAGAAGAAAGAAAAAGAAGGGCAGAGUAACAAGGCUAGUGAUUCAUAUGAUCUACCUGAAUUUGGACAGAAGAACUCAAGCAACAGAAGGGAAACCCAAAUGCAGAAAUUCGCUGAAAUCGCUAAGCAGAAGGAAGAAGAAAACAGGAACGGUAAGGAAGAAGAAAAAUAUGUGCCUCAGAGAUACAGCGAUUAAGGCAUUGCUCGUUUUUGAAAAAUUUACAUUUUUUG